AUUGUGCAGAAGGCUAGAGUUAGGGUUAUUGAAGUUGAAAGAGAUGGAGCUGAGAAAUGUGGUGAAGGAUAAGAAAUUCUGGUUGGCGUCGUUGAUAAUAGUGUGGGCAGCUGGGCUCCAGGGACACAUGAUGUGGCUGCAGCGCCAAGAAUCCUUCAAACACAAGUUCGGCGACCUCAACUCUCAAGACCAUUCCGAUCCACCAACCUCAUAACUCCAUUACUCCGUUCGUCUUUCUCUCUCUCUCUCUCUCUCUCUCUCUCUCUAUAUCAUAAAUCUUAGCUUUUUCUGUUUCUCUGUUUAUUACACAACGUAAUAGUGUAUUGUUUCGCCAUAUUCUAGUGUGUUCAUAAUUAAUUAAGCUAAGCAUGAGUAGAAUCCCAAAUUACUUGGCUCUGCUGUUUUUACACAUUACACAACUUGAAUAGCCCCAAUUUCAUUGCCUGCAAAGGUUUAAUUUGUACAAUCCAACGCCAUCUAACAUUAUACUAUUUAAUAUAACAAUAAUAAUAAUAAUAAGGAUCCGUUAGGAGACAAUGAACUAUUUGUACAAUGUGUAUAAUGGACUAUUGAGUUAUAAAAUGAACAUCUCUCAUACUAUCUAGAAUAACCAUCAGACUACUAGGAAUAAUAAAUAUCUUUUCAAAAACUUAAACUAAUUUUGGAGUUCACCAAGGUUCAAAUUCUUAAUCUUUCGGAUCUAGCGCUUUAAUACAAUAUCAUGAUACCACUCAUCCCAAACGUUUUAGCUGAUGGAAAAAGGUACUAAUGAUUAUAUCUCUAAUAUUCCAUAAACCUCCGUUGUACACAUUAUACAAAUAUUUCAUUGGCUCCUCGUACUUUCUCUAAUAAUAAUAAUAAUAAUAUAUAGU